AUGCCCAUCGCUCGCAAAGCAGUCCAUUUACAAAUCACUAGCAAAAUGGCUUUGCGUGUCAUUUUACACAUUAUGGACCAAGACUGGUAUGAAGAAGAGCAGCUUUAUUCCCAUGUGAUACAAGCUCUAUAUGGAACUAUUGUGAGGUUUCUUGUCAACGAUAAACACGGCUUGUCAUUGGCGAAGCGAAGGAAAGAGCUUGAAAACACCAAAAGCCUUGAUCAAGCUCGGUUUCGGCUGGUGUAUCGUUUUCUCUGGCAAGAGACCCAUCGCGCCAUGAUCCUGCGUCAAAACAAAAAGUACAAUGCCAUCACAGUGUAUCCAUUCGAACUUGCAGUAGUUGUUGACAAGCCCAAUACCCAGAAGAAUCUAGAAUCAUACUUUGUUACCUACGCCAAGUAA